AUGGCAUCAGAUACAAGCCGUGCUUCUUUUGAACAUGUCAAAUUGGAAGAGACGGGUUUCGGGGCAGCGAUGUUCGUGCGCCGUGGCUGUGCGGGCGAGUCCAAAGACAGCUGCUGCAUCAACAUUUACAUAAACAGCAACGUCCAGGGGGUGAGCAAUUCCAUUUUGGUCGGAAGUGAGGUGAGAAUGGGCGACCCGGGCGUUUCUCUGUACUUUGGAGACAUAAAGCUGGCAAAUGGGCACAAGAAGAGGAGGAGAUAUCAGAGAAUUAAGUGGAGGUUUGGGCUCGGUAGUUUUGUGGUCUCGUUACUAGUGUUUGCAUUGCUCCUCUUGUUGCUGCUUCUGAUAUUGUAG